AUGGUUGAUGACGACGGGGAGAAGAUCACUGGCAUACUGGACUGGGAAAACAGUGGGUUUUUUCCAGAGUAUGUUGAGCACACUCUUGCAAAGGAUGUCUAUGACUACUAUGGUGAAGAAUGGUGGAGGCCGGUUUUGAUGGAGGUUUUGGAAGAAUCCUGUCGGCCGGAAAGGCCGGAAAGGUUAUUGAUGAUAUGGUAUGUAUUCUCAAGCGGACUUAAACAAACUACUGCUAUUACUACAAUUGCUGUGUAUGCCUUGAAAGAAGAUUCCAUCCAGGAUAAAUCGCGAAAGGUUGCAGAAGAUGACCUGGGUUACCUAAGUGAACUGUGA